AUGGCGGUCCAGGGGAAGGGAGCAGUUCGUACCUGGUUAGAUUGGUUGAGCCCUGAGCAAGGGGCAGGUGACGCAAUCCAUCCCUCCGGUAAACAAAACAUAGAAAAUACCAACCAAACUGCUCCAGAAGAAGGGGUUUUCGUUUUGCGGAAGUUUAUUGGGAAGCAGGUUGGGGUCACUAAGCCAUUGCUUGUCGUCUUUUCACUGCUACUCCUGUCUGCUGUUCUUUUCCGGGUGUCUAGCAGGCGCAGCAACAUGAAUUUGAGCUCCCCCGGGAUAAGCUCCCAUAUUGAAUGGGCUUCGCUGUCUCUCUAUGAUCACAUCAUACAGAAGUACUUGGAUGAGCUCAACGAUGCAGAGGACGAGAUGAACAUGGCCUGGUUGUCUUCUGGGAAAUCUGUGCGAGAAGAUUUUCGAAAACAUUUCACGCCGUCGCUCAACGACGGUCAAGCGCCCACUGAAGACCCGUUAGCUACCAUCAAUGACCACGUGGCGAAGAUGCGAGAAUGUGAAUUCCCAUUUGAUUCUUCCGCGAAGGUGCGGAGUGAUUUCUUGAAACACCUGCAGCUGCUGCUAAGCAUUUGCCGCACAGUCACGCUGCGCCUGGAGGAAUUAAAGUGGUCAGCCUCUUUGAAAGAGGGCACAGCAGGUCCACUUGGGCUCCCUGUCUACGAAGGGCGUGAUCGUAUUCCUGACCGUGAAGAGACCUCCAGCAUUUCUAAAUCAGCGGAGGCGGAUGAGUUCUUGGAUGCACUGGGGAUGGUUGGCAGUGAACCCUCACAGCCAAUAGAUGCAAAAGUAGCUGACAAACUCUCACAGCUGAUUUUGGUAGAGGAGAAACGUAACAUAUGCAACUUGGAGGCCCGAUAUUACUUUGAGCGCUUUCUUCAACACUUUGGAGAAGAUGACGCCUUCACAGCCACUCCCUCCACUGCCAAACACCAAAUUCCAUACAAUGGAAAACCAUUUAGAACUGGAGCUCUCGCACAAGCAGCUGCCCAGAUAUUUCGUGAAUAUGAAGGCAAUACGAACUAUCGGAGGAUACGCAAGAUUCACCAGAUCGCGGAUAACUGGACACGCGGACCAGUACUGGGGGCUGCGAAACAGCAAGAGAGAGCAAAUGAGCACAAAUUCGAAAGGCGGUUGCACACUAAACGUGAUCAAAUGCGUAUGCUGCUUAAGAAAGGCAUAGAAUACGAUGAUUUGGAAAUGAUCGCAUUAUUCCUUCUCUAG